AAGUUCGUAUUUAGGAAUUGAAACACAACGAAAGCUAAAACGCUAUUGUUUUAAUCCAUCCAUUAAAAACCGGAGAUGAUGGUUGCAUCACUGAGCAGUGUGCUUCGUAAUCGUCCACAAUAUUCCCUUCCCAUAACCAUAAACUGCAGCAAAUUGCCCUCUAAUUCAGAAUUCACACGCAAUCCUCCAUUAACAAGGAGAAAAACCAUAUUUUUAUCCACCCCUUUUCUCACUUUGCUUCUCAAUUUCAACCCCGGUUCAGCAACGCCUUUGCUUUCUGCUGAUGCACUUGAAUUAGAUGAUGAACAAGAGGAAUCUUCUGUUGUCCGCCUUUUUCAGGAAACCUCACCAUCUGUGGUAUUCAUUGAAGUGUUAGAAUUAUUGAAUAGCUCCAACAAUUCAAAGGAGGCCCUGCUAGCUGAUGGAAGUAAUGCUAAAGUUGAGGGGACAGGUUCUGGCUUCCUCUGGGACAAGUUUGGUCACAUUGUUACCAAUUAUCAUGUAGUGGCUAAGUUGGCAACGGAUCAAUAUGGACUACAGCGUUGUAAGGUGACUGUAGUUGAUGCACAAGGAACCAAAAUUUCAACUGAAGCCAAAAUCAUUGGUAUUGACCCAUCAUAUGAUCUGGCUGUUCUUAAGUUUGAUUCUCAGGGAAAAGAGUUAACGCCUGCUCUUCUAGGAACAUCAAGCAAUCUACAUGUGGGACAGAAUUGUUUUGCUAUUGGGAAUCCUUAUGGAUACGAAAACACUCUAACAACUGGGGUAGUCAGUGGUUUGGGCAGAGAGAUACCAUCUCCAAAUGGACAGGCCAUUCGAGGAGCCAUACAAACAGAUGCUUCCAUAAAUGCUGGGAACUCAGGAGGGCCACUGAUUGAUUCAUAUGGUCAUGUUAUUGGUGUGAAUACUGCUACAUUUACUCGCAAAGGCACUGGAAUGUCUUCUGGUGUUAAUUUUGCAAUUCCAAUUGACACAGUAUUGCGGACUAUACCCGCCCUUAUUGUGUAUGGAACACCUUACAACAACAGGUACUAGCUAACCCGCGAUUGACAUUGACAUCGACAUCUCUGAGAAUUCUUGAGCGCAGGUGCAUAACAAAUCAAAUGUGAAAGGGUUUCAUAAAGCGUUCAAAUACUAGGGGACUUAUGUGAUUGCUGUAUACAUACUCUUAAUUUUAUCAUUCUAUUGUUUACAGUCAUUGAAGAAAGCAAGCUCUUCAGUCGUGUAUAUUUCAGAAACCGUCUCAUGUUAACUUUUUUUUCUUUUUUCUUUUUUCCUUUUUCCUUUUUCCUUUUUUUGAUUGUAGGAUUGACUGUAAUAUGGGCCUAAAAGUUUGUCAAGACAUCAUUUCUUUUAUAUAGAAAAGCAAGAGUAAAAUGCA